AUGGAAUUCUUUAAGCACAGUAUCAUGGGGUGUUCGAGUUCAGAACCCACAGACCCAGCAGGUGUUGAAACUCCACAGCACAACACCAAAAUUAACAAGCUGUUGAAAGCGGAAAAGAAAAGAAUGAGCAGGACCAUCAAGGUCCUUUUGCUUGGUGCUGGAGAAUCAGGGAAGUCAACAAUUAUCAAGCAAAUGCGCAUUAUGUAUGAGGGUGGAUUCUCCAAUGACGAACGCCGUCAGACACGGGUUAUAAUCUAUUCCAACAUGGUUGUCGCCUUCAAUGUAUUGCUGGAUAUCAUGACUGCGGAGAAGAUUGUUUUCGAGACUGAGAGAGCCAAGUAUGCAGCCAAUUUUAUUGUUAAAUCACAGUCCAUUAUGGCCUGCGAUGGCCCUCUGGAUAUAGCAGUCUGUAACGCUAUGAGACACCUGUGGGAGGAUGGAGGGGUUCAAAGAGCUGUUGUUAAGGGUCAUGAGCUUGCUUUUCACGAUAAAAUCUGCUCUAAAGAAGUUACCGAUGCCCUCCAAAACGUCAUUCUACAGCAUGCAGAUAUCCGCACCUUCGUCCGGCAUUAUGAAGUGGAUGUUGAUGUUGACGUUCAGGGAAUUAUCCGCAAAACAGGUUCUCAAACCCCAUUUGUGCGAUUUGCGUGCUCGUUGAGCGCCUCAAUUGACCAAAACCGACUGUAUAAGCUCUCUCCUGAAGAAUCCAAAUCCCUCAAUUGGCUCCCUGUGGUUCGUGCACGGCAGGACACAGUAAACAAACGCAGGCGGAAAUGGGAUGACCGCCAAGCCAAGUUAGACCGUGCCAGUAUAGCAUAUCAAGCUGCCUUUGGCCACCUUGAUGAAGGAGCGCUUUCCAAGCACCACCGUCAUUUAUGGGAAAGGCUGGAUCUUUUCCAGGAUCGGACGAUGGAAGCAAAACGGAAGUAUAACAAAGCUGUCUGUGAACUUCGUAAUGAGAAGCAACAACAGCAGAACUGA